AUGGUCAAGAAAUCCUGCACAGGCGGGGUUUACCCUGGUCCAGCUGUGGAGAAAAAGCUAAAAGUCGGCUUUGUCGGGCUAGAAGCUGGGGCUAGUACGGAUUUAAACAGAGAUGGGGCGCUGCUCAUAGCAGGUGCCGACGCCGAGGCAACAAAGCGAGGCAGCAUCCUUAGCAAACAGAGGUCCAGUCUCUCUGGCAAACCGAAGCCUCCAAAGAGAAAUGCAUUCUACAGAAGAGUGCAGAAUUUUCUUUAUAAUGUUUUGGAGAGACCAAGAGGAUGGGCAUUUAUUUACCACGCAUACGUUUUUGUGCUGGUCUUCUCCUGUCUGGUCCUCUCUGUGUUUUCCACCAUUAAGGAGUAUGAGAAGAGUUCUGAAGAUGCCUUGUAUAUACUGGAAAUAGUCACCAUCGUGGUGUUCGGCGUGGAGUACAUAGUGAGGAUAUGGGCCGCCGGAUGCUGCUGCAGAUACAGAGGAUGGAGGGGCCGUCUGAAAUUCGCCCGCAAGCCCUUCUGCGUGAUCGACGUCAUGGUGCUGAUUGCAUCCAUCUCUGUGCUGGCGGCGGGAACCCAGGGGAACGUCUUUGCUACGUCGGCCAUCCGGAGUUUGAGGUUCCUGCAGAUCCUGCGCAUGAUCCGGAUGGACCGCCGUGGAGGCACCUGGAAACUCCUGGGAUCUGUCGUCUACGCUCACAGCAAGGAGCUGAUAACGGCGUGGUACAUCGGCUUCCUCUGCCUCAUCCUGGCGUCUUUCCUGGUCUACCUGGCAGAAAAGGAGGACAACGACCAGUUUGAGACCUACGCAGACGCACUGUGGUGGGGCCUGAUCACCCUGACUACCAUUGGUUACGGAGACAAGUUUCCCAUAACGUGGAACGGACGUCUUCUCGCCGCAACCUUCACCUUGAUUGGAGUAUCUUUCUUUGCACUUCCAGCAGGUAUCUUGGGCUCCGGCUUCGCCUUGAAGGUCCAGGAGCAACAUCGACAAAAACACUUUGAGAAGAGGCGGAAUCCUGCGGCAGGACUUAUUCAGGCCGCGUGGCGUUUCUACGCCACUAAUCUCACCCGGCCAGACCUGGAGUCGACGUGGGAUUAUUACGAACGCACCGUAUCCUCACCGAUGUACAGGAACCAAACAGAUUCAUACAGUCGUUCCCUACUGAUUCCGCCGCUGAAUCAACUGGAUCUCCUGAGAAACCUGAAGAGCAAGUCGGGACUGUCAUUCAGAAAGGACUCCCAACCGGAGUCCUCCCCAAGUCAGAAGGUCAGCCUGAAGGAGCGUGUGUUCUCCAGUCCCCGGAGUUCAGGAACCAAAGGGAAAGGUUCCCCCCAGGGCCCCAGUGGACAAGGCAGCCAGGGCCAGGGUCAGGGGGGCCAAGGUCAGGGCCAACCCAUCCGCCGGUCCCCUAGUGGGGACAACAGCAACGAAGACAGCCCUAGCAAAGUGCCCAAGAGCUGGAGCUUCGGAGAACGCAGCCGGGCGCGUCAGGCCUUCCGCAUCAAGGGAGCCGCCUCGCGCCAAAAUUCAGAAGAAGCCAGCCUCCCUGGUGAGGACAUAGCGGACGACAAUAAGAGCUGCCACUGUGAGUUUGUCCCUCCGGACUUAACUCCCGGACUCAAGGUCUCCAUCAGGGCCAUUUGCAUUAUGAGGUUCAUGGUCUCCAAGAGGAAGUUCAAAGAGAGCCUGCGGCCGUACGACGUGAUGGACGUCAUAGAGCAGUAUUCAGCCGGCCACUUGGACAUGCUGGCCCGCAUCAAAAACCUCCAGUCCAGGAUAGAUAUGAUUGUUGGUCCCCAUGGACCCUCAACUCCACGCCAUAAGAAGUAUUCAUCUGAUGGACCCAAAGAGUCACCCAAAUACUCUCCUAGAGUUGACCAGAUUGUUGGUCGAGGUACUCCAAUCACAGAUAAAGACCGUCCCAAAGGAACCACUGACAGUGGGGUUGAAGAGGACACAAGCAUGAUGGGGCGCCUAGGGAAAAUGGAGAAACAGGUCAUGUCAAUGGAAAGGAAGCUGGACUUCUUGGUGAACAUCUACAUCCAGCGCAUGGGCAUCUCCCAGUCGGAGACGGACGCCUACUUUGGGUCCAAGGAGCCCGAACCAGCACCGCCUUACCACAGCCCUGUGGACCACAUGGAGAAGAGUGGCUCCAUCACCAAGAUCAUCCGAUCCAACAGCUCUAUCGGACAGAAGAACUUUGACCCACCGCCAUCCUGUUCCGGCCCGGGGGUCCACUGCCCACCCUCCACCUCCUGGCAGCAGCACAACGUCAGCGAGUUCCACCAGCCGAGCCAAGGCAACUUACCCUCUCCUGUAGGUGAUCACUCCUUGGUCCGUAUCCCUCCUCCGCCGGCCCACGAGCGCUCCUCUGGAGGCCACAAUGGGAGCAAUCGGGGAUCCCACCGCAACAGCGGUGGCAGUGGCGAAGGGGAUAGAGAGGGCAAGCCAGACAGCGACACGUCCAUCUCUAUCCCCUCAGUGGACCACGAGGAGCUGGAGCGCUCCUUCAGUGGCUUCAGCAUCUCCCAGUCCAAGGAGAAUCUGGACUUCCUGAACAACAGCUAUUUCAGUGGCGUAGCCCGCUGCGCCAAGGUAAGGCCCUACAUCGCAGAAGGUGAGUCCGACACUGACUCCGACCUCUGCGCCCCCUCACCCAACUCGGCCACCGGGGAAGGCGCUUACGGGGACCGAGGGUGGUCAGGAUCCAAGUAG